AUGCAGUUCCUCGCACUCCUCGGCCUCGCUGCCACCGCAGCUGCUAUCGAUGCCCGGCUCUACUACAGCCAAGGCUGUACCGGCAGCGGCGUCCAGUGCGGCGGUUUGAAUCCUGACACCUGCUGUCCCGCUGGUGGUGAGAACUUCGGAAGCGUUGAGUUCAGAUUUAUCCCGCUCGACUGGAGGAUCGAGGGCAGAGGCCAUAACGGUGGCGACUGCAACGGCCUCCGAGAAAGGGGCUACCCCACCAACGUCGAUUCCAUCUGCCUGAGCAUCGGGCCGUUCUCUGGUGCCGGGUAUGGCUUCAGGGCCAGGAAGCGCGGCGAGGCUGACUAUGCCGACUGCGCCAAGCGGGACCAGCUCUUUUUCGAGGACGGCACUAUCUUCAACCUAGCUGAUCUGGACGAUGACAAAGUGGCCGAGCUGAUUGCAAUUGCAGCUCAAGCAACCAACGGCACUGAUAUUCCAGCGGAGUUUCAGAAGCUGAGGAUCGAGUAG